AUGGAGUUCCCCAAAGUUCGCCUCAGCUCGGCCUCUCUGCCAGUCGGUCUUGUGCUUGUGCCGCUGCUGCUGCUGCUCUGCAUCAGCAACGAAGCGUCCGCGAGGACGGCUCGAAUCCUCGGCGGCGUCGACACCGAACUCCACGAGUUCAAAUACCAAAUAUCGGUGCAGAACGCGAAAAAUGGGCACGUCUGCGGCGGAGCCAUCAUCGGCGAGCAGUACGCCCUGUCGGCGGCUCACUGCUUCUUCAACGCGCGCCAGGGUGUCUUUAAGAAGGGACCCUACCACAUCGUCGCCGGCACGAACAAUCUCAAGUCCAAGAGCCGAGUAGUGGUGGGCGUGAGCGCCGUCUACGUGCCCAAAGUCUUCUCGACCUACAUGAACUCGGACGUGGCAUUGAUCAAGUUGAGCGAUAGAUUGAAUUUGAACGACGACAGGCUCGAUAAAGUUGAGCUACCCGAGGUUGGUGCAUUGUACGACGGCUACGGUGCUGUUUUAACGGGCUACGGCUGGACGACGCCUCAUGGACCCGCCUCGAAGAAGCUCAUGAAGUCCCGGGCCUUGGUGAUCGAAAAUCAGCUCUGCCAGAGCUUUUAUGUGUCCAAGAUAUUCCCGCAGCAUUUGUGCGCUUAUUUGGUCGAGCAACCGAUCGGCUUCCCCCAAGGCUUUUGUAACGACGAUAGUGGCAGUCCAUUGGUGCACAAAAAUGUGAUCAUCGGCAUCGUAUCGUUCAACAAAGCCACGUGCAACGAGAAGGACGGUCCUGGCGUUUACACUCGGGUAUCUUCGCUCGUCGGCUUCAUCCACAAGACGAUGAACGGCAUCGUCGACGCGGAAGGAAUAAUCGGCGGCACCGAGGCACUGCCCGACGAAUUUCCCUACGUUGUCUCGGUGCAAUGGGACUUUUGGGGCCACUUUUGCGGUGGCGUCGUGAUCGACGAGUGGUUUGUCCUCACGGCCGCGCACUGCCUCGGUCUGGAGAAACCGGACCAGAAAGAGGUGCAGAUUCCGUUGAGCAUAGUCGCCGGCACGAAUCACCUACUGGACAGCACGAAUAACAGCACGAGGGUUCGGGUUGACGUCGAAUCGGUUUACAUACCCGCAGUUUAUAAGCCAGAAAAGACGUCGCCGGGAGAUAUAGCCGUGCUCAAGAGAUGA